AUGACUACCACGCCCCUGAAAGCUGACGAUGAUAUCGACGAACUUGAAGCUCUAGCCUCUGAAGAGAAAGAGUACCUGAAAGAUGCAGAAAUUGAUAGAAUCUUGAAAGCUUUCCGUCUAGAUGCCUAUGCAGUUCUUGACCUCCAACCCGGUGUGCCCGAAUCCGACAUCAAGAAAUGCUACCGUGUUAAAUCCCUUCUGAUCCAUCCGGAUAAGACCAAAAACCCGCAAGCACCCGAUGCCUUCGACCGACUGAAGAAAGCCCAGACAGAGCUCAUGGACGAGAAGCACCGCGAGCGCCUCGAUGAAGCCAUCGCAGAUGCCCGCAUGCUCCUGAUCCGCGAGAACAAGUGGACUGUGGAUAGUCCUGAACUGAAGACGGACGCAUUUGCUAGGGAUUGGAGGGAGAAGACUAAGAUGGUGCUGAUUGAUAAUGAGCACAGAAGACGAAGGCAGGUGAAGGCUCAGAUGCAAGAGGAGGGAAGAGAGCAAAAGAAGGCCGAUGAGGAGCUGGAGGCUAGGAAGAGGAAGAGAGAACAUGAACAAGACUGGGAGAGUACAAGGGAUCAGCGGAUUGGAAGUUGGCGCGAUUUUCAAAAGGGUGGUGAGAAGAAGAAAAAGAAGAAGGCAAAGCCAUUGGGCUAG